AAGACUUCAACUCUGUUGUGAAAGGAUCUUUUGUGACUCAUUCGAUAUCAAACCGAGGCUGCGGGAAGCGCUCUCCCAUUCUCGUCGCAACACCUCCUCGCAGCAUGUGCAGAGCAAGUUUGGCGUGCUGUGCGCCACAGAAUGACAACAAGCGGACACCUCGGCGGGACAAAGGAUUUUCGGAGUCGACUUAAGUGAGUGGGAGGUGUGUUCCAAGCGCAUGGGUGUUGGGGGGCUGCUCUACUCGUCAUCCCUGCCGUCUCCCCCGAAACAUGUCUUGGUCAUGGGUCGUCUACACCGGGAUGGAAGUGCUCAUCGCCGUUUCGUCGGUGGUCGGCAACGUGAUGGUGGUGUGGGCCGUGCGCAUAAACCGCUCGCUACGGGACACCACGUUUUGUUUCAUCGUCUCGCUGGCUUUGGCUGACAUUGCGGUCGGGGCUCUCGUCAUCCCCCUCGCCAUCACCAUCAGCAUCGGACUCGAGACGCACUUCUACAGCUGUCUGGCGGUCGCUUGCACCGUACUCGUCCUCACGCAAAGUUCCAUCCUGGCCCUUUUGGCCAUCGCCAUCGACCGAUAUCUGAGGGUCAAAAUACCCAUGAGCUACAAACGAGUGGUGACCCCUCAACGAGCCGGCUGGGCAGUGUUGCUGUGUUGGCUGGUGUCCAUCUUAGUGGGCCUCACACCUAUGCUCGGAUGGAAUAACUUACGACAUCUCCGUGACAAUGGCUCCCUCGUCAGCCAGGACCUCGUGGUCAAGUGUCGGUUUGAGACGGUCAUCGGCAUGGAUUACAUGGUCUACUUCAACUUCUUCGGUUGGGUGCUGCCGCCUCUCCUCCUCAUGCUUCUCAUCUACGUGGAGAUUUUCUACAUGAUUCAUAAACAGCUUAAUAAGAAGGUAACAGUGAGCCACGCAGACCCGAGUCGUUACUUCGGCAAGGAGCUCAAGCUUGCCAAGUCCUUGGCUCUUGUUCUUUUACUCUUCGCCGUGAGCUGGCUUCCCCUUCACAUCCACAACUGCAUCACACUUUUUUGCCCCAAGUGUGACAAACCGCCGAGCCUCAUUUUCAUCGCCAUCCUCCUAACCCACGGCAACUCGGCCGUCAAUCCCAUCGUGUACGCUUUCCGCAUUAAGAAAUUCCGCUCGGCUUUCUGGAAAAUUUGGAAUCGGCAUGUCCUUUGUCGAGCUCCGAUUGGUCAGCUGCCUCAAAAAGGGAGUCAGAGAAUACAGAACGCCACGAGGAGGCUGAGGCACAACGAUGACGACGACGAUGAUGAUGACGACGUGUGAAACUGAGCCGGUGCCAUGUAACUGGGGGUGGCCAUGGGUAACUGAUUUUGGGGGUGGGGGGGUUUCUCUCCAAAAUACAAGGGAUUACAUUUUGGCCCUUAUGGAUCUAUUCCAUCCACAGUGUUGCAUAUGGGGAUAAACUUAGAAAUCUGACUGACUCGGUCAGGAAUGUUUUUGUUUAUGUCUCAACAAGCACCACAAUUUGGUGCUGUCGCAGGGGAUAAGGGGCUUACCGUCAAUGUGAAUGACUCCACAAAAAAAAUAGUAAUAGUACAGUAUUUUACACACUUCUUAGAUCCCAAGAUGUGUUUUCCCCCCCAACAGUUAAACGGUUUAGACGCAAUUAUGUGAACAGCAGGAACUGGCUUGACAGACAUGUCACAAAAUGGUGACUUCUAAGCAGAUGCUUUAAGAGGGACAAUGAUGAAGGAAAGCUGCAAACGUGGACGCCAAAUGGUGCACUUUGAGUUUGGCAAGCUGUGGCCGGGUCGGAACGACCCAGUUGCCCGUCAGUGACAUGCAGGAUGUCACAUGCUUUUAAGGUGUGGCGGUUGUACAGGAGCACAUUGGGGAUUGAUUUGUUUAUCUGUGACUUCUUAUCGUCCAAGUCUAAAACUUCAAUUAAUCUCCUAAAUACACUACAACUGUUGCUGUGAAAAAUACAAAGCUAUCGUCUCCUUUGAUUUUAGGAGACCACUUUUAGUCCGCACUCAUCUCGUGUGACACAGCAGAUUGGACUCAUCUCAACCAAUGUGAAGUUGUGUUGCGUGACGGAAGUACACGAAGUUGGGCUCAAACUGAUUCAGAUAUUGGCUUCAUUUUGUUUUUCUGGCUGGAAAUGAGACAAGGGAUUAGCAAAAGCCUGUCGGAUGUUAGAUGAGAUAUAUUUUCAAUGUCGCAUUUUGAAGGUACCGGUAAUUCACAUCUUACUAUCUUUUGGACAAUGAUGAUAGAUCUUGAUUACUGCAUGAUCGACAGCUUUAUAAUCAUCUAUGCAUUGAGAACUUUGGAUUCCUUUCUUGAGAAUGAAUGGAAAACAUGUUGCACAAUACUCUGAAGAAAAAUUGUAAUAACGCAUUCCAACUGUGUGUCGUCGAAAAGAUCACUGUCAGUGUGUCACUGUAUAUGCAGUAAAAUCACAAGUUCAACUCAAAAUUUGGCCAGAAUACGAAUCAGUUGUGGUGCAACUGUGUAUUAUUCUAUUUGAAUGUUAUUUAUUUGUGGAAAGAGUGGCACAUCAUAAGACAAACUAUAAAAGCAAAUAACGGAUUUGUACAAAUAACCCACCAUAGUUACACUUUAGCCUUACCAUGCAGUAGUUGCAGCUGACUCAAUAAACACCCUUGGACACUGUAGAA